GAUGAAAGGUUGGAGAUUCCAAUUCAGUGAGAGUUGAAAUCGAAUCUGUGAUAGGUCGCUAGAUGGAUGCAUCGAUCGAUGGUACGGAGGCGGAGGAGGCUGGUACGAGCGCCGGUGCCGCCGCGCCGGAGUACAACAGCAGCAGCAUGAAGAAAGCUAGAUUACAAUCGACGCUGGCGGCGCUUCUUUCUGAUCCAGUUCUCGCCGACGUUCCGAAGAAGCCGUCGCUAUCAGAUGUGGAGACUCUCAUCAACCUAGAGCUCGGAAGUGCUAUGCGUAUCACCGUUCUUAAAUUGGACGGAACAUCAUUCGAGGUAGCGAUUUUGAACUCUGCAACGGUAAAGGACUUGAAAUUAGCAAUUAAGAAGAAAGUGAAUGAUAUGGAAGAGUCGAGUAUGGGCCACCGCCACAUUUCUUGGAACCACGUGUGGGCAAACUUUUGCCUUUGGUAUCAUAACGAGAAGCUUCUUGAUGACAGUUCUCCAGUUCAGGAUUAUGGUGUGAGGAACAAUUCUCAGGUGCAGUUCAUUCCAUACGUCGUCUCUAGAUCCUCCGGUAAGCAUUCUAGGAGGAGAAAGCAUCGGUUCUUUCACGGUCUCAACAGAAAAGCUUGAGCAGGAAUCGGCGCUCUUCUCAAUCUGUUCUGGUAAUUCAUCAUUAGCUACUAAUAGUCAUAGCCCUUUAACCGACAUGAUAAAUACACAUGUUUACUUCUUUCGCGGGAAAGCUUUAAUUUUAAGUAAUCAGCAUGGCUCAUUCGCAUUCAUUCAUCGAUGCAUAUCGUUUUAGUACUAAUACUCUGUCUUAGGUUUGUUCGAGAGCCAAUAAUAACAUAGAAAAACGGUAGUUUAUGCGAACCAAAGCAUUCGAAGAAAGAAAAAACGAAGAAACAAAAAAUAAAAACUCUUCUUUAGAAGAAGAAGGAAGAAAGCAAGCCAUGGCUGUCUAGUUGUUUAACCCCAUCGAUCGAUCUUUUCUUUUCGACUUUCCCUCGAUGAUCAUCAAGACAUCAAUUAUUGUUCUGUUGCUUCAUACUCUGUUUCUCCUUGUACUCCUUCAUUUCCCUCUGGUACCUCUCCUUGUCCUUCACCCCAAACUCUUGAUACACCUGCAAAACGACAUCGAACCCACCCGUAUAUCAUAUCGAUUGAUCGAUAUUUAUCGAAUUAGUUGCGAUAGAAAGCUGUAAGAACUCACCUCCCUUUCUUGAGGGGUGAGAUUGUUCCAGGAUUGCCCGAUCAUCUUCGUGAACUCCCUCUCCCUGUUCGGGUACUCAGAUUUGAGCGAAGAAUGCUUCUCGGCAAAGUAGAAGUUGUAGCCACUCCUGUUGGGCUUCGGGCGAUCUGGGUCGCCUCCCUUUCUUCUUCUUGAAUGUCGACUGCCCUGAUUAGGCUUCCAGCACGGCACUCCGGCAUUGCUCAGCUGAUUAGGGCUCGGCAUCGAUGCGCCCGGGUGGUAGAGCACGCCGGUCAGAGUCUCGUCGUUUUCGAGCUGGACCGAGACGAGGUAGCCGUACUCGAAUUUGCCAUGGAUAGUCCCUGAAGCUUGGAAAGAAUGCUC